AUGCGCUACAAUCUGCCCGGCAAGGUAACAAGGCCACCGAUACCAGGCAUUGUUCGAGGUCCCAACAAUCCCGAGCCUACGCCAAUCAACGUCGAAGAGCAGAUACCCUUGGAGCCCCCUGCUUUCGCCGACUUGGAAGGCAUCUUUCCCUUGGAGCAAAACCUCUUCUGGCCUACCAAGCAGUUUGUCCAGGAGUACAUGUCCCGCUACGACGCCUCGCACGACUUCAAGCACGUCACACGAGUCUUUGCCCUAUCGAGACGCAUUCUGGAACAGGAGACACAGACAUUCCAAGGAGUUUCGUACGAUCCCCAAGCUGUUCUUCUUGCGGCAAUGCUGCAUGAUGUUGGUGAUCACAAAUAUCACAAACCAGGAGAGAAUCCAGAAAAUCAGAUUGCAGAGCAUCUUUUGGAACAUGGAGCAAGCCCAGAUCUUGCAAUGAAAGUCCAACUUAUUGCUAAGAAUGUGUCCUUCUCCAAUGAGGUCAAGAAUCCUCGCAUGAUGAAGGCGGUGCUAGACCAACAUCCGGAGCUGGCCAUUGUACAGGAUGCCGACAGAUUGGACGCGAUAGGUGCGGUCGGUAUUGGUAGAUGUUUUGCGUUCGGCGCAGUCAAGCAAUCAGACAGAGGAUUAGACGGAAGCAUAGAGCACUUUGUCGAAAAGCUCGAGAGGCUAGAAAACAUGAUGAAGACUCACUCGGGGCGCGAAUUAGCCAGAGAAAGGACGCAGCGACUACAGAUCUUCAGACAGUGGUGGGAUGAAGAGACAUCGAUGCAGGUUUGA